GAAAUUGUUUAGUUGACCGUUUCACAUGUUAGCGACAUAACGCUGACGCUCCGACCUUUUCUUCACUUAGUGAGCUUCCCUCUCCAAACAUCGAAAGCAGAAGAAACGGAGAUUUUAGUAUGGACGAAGGAGGGGGAUCAGUUAAUUCAACUGCGACGCCCACAGGAACGGAGCCGUCGUAUCCUUCGAAUUCCAUUUUUUCCAACUAUCCAUUGUUAUCAGCUCUUUUCGCCUUCGCGAUUGCGCAGUCAUUGAAGCUUUUCUCCACAUGGUACAAGGAAAACAAUUGGGAUCUCAAGCAACUUGUUGGCUCUGGGGGCAUGCCCUCGUCUCAUUCAGCCACCGUUGCUGCUCUUGCAGUGGCCGUCGGUUUUCAACAGGGUUAUGGAGGAUCACAAUUUGGCCUUGCACUUAUCUUGGCACUUGUGGUGAUGUACGACGCCACUGGAGUAAGAUUGCACGCUGGGCGCCAAGCAGAGGUUUUGAAUCAAAUUAUAUACGAGCUUCCAUCUGAACACCCUCUUGCUGAGAGCAGGCCCUUACGCGAGCUUCUUGGCCACACUCCUCCUCAAGUUGUUGCUGGUGCGGCGCUGGGAUUGGUGACAGCAGCUACAGGCCAUUUCCUCUUCAACUAUGGCACCCGAGCUUGAUGAUUCUUGAAUGCAAUCUCAUCUGGUCAAGCCCUAGGGGCUAGGAACCCUUUCAAGACGACGACACUGCCUCAACCAACGAAGGCGUGGUGCAUCAGACUCAUCUGCUAUUUCUCUGAACGACGAUUAUAGUACUAUUAGGUUUUAAAAGUGCAUUUUCUUGAUUUCCAAUUUAUGAAGAAAUGUGAAUAUCAGAGUUGGCUGUAGGGAGAAAGCUACCAUUGUUACAGAACAUGCCAUAAUCCAGUGAUUGAAAAUAGCACAUUGUGGAUCAUAUUUUUUAUACUAAAAAACAGGUCAUUCUUGAGUACUAUCA